CCACGACGCGACUACACGUGCUCCUUCUGCUUGCGACAGUUCACAAAGUCUUACAACUUGAAGAUUCACGUACGCACUCACACUGAUGAGAGGCCGUUCGAAUGCGCUGUUUGCGCCAAAUCCUUCAGACGCAAGGACCAUCUCCGUGAUCAUAAUUUCACUCAUUACAAGGAGAAACCAUUCAGAUGUGGUCAAUGUCCGAAGUCUUUCUGCCAAGCCAGGUCCCUACUUCUCCACAAAUCUGUCCACCAAUCUGUCGCCGAUUAA